CUGUUCAACAACAGUAUGGUGGGGUUCCUGGCUGCUUAUCUGUUGGAAAAGAAUAAAUACUACGCCUGUGGCUUUUAACCUUGUUAAACAGGAGAGCCUUUUGAUGGGGGAGGGCAUCAGAAAGGAAGUAUUGAAAAUGGCUCCUAAAAGUACAUUUGAAAGAGAACAUACAGAUUUGGCAAUCUCCUAAAUUAUCAGUUAUUAUUACUAUUUGCUCCUCUUGACUCUCCAACUCUCAUUGCAUUCAUUUAGAUCUGCUGCAUAACAAAGAAAAAAGGAAGAAAAAGCCCAGCCCACAACUCAAACACAGCCAGGUCUUUAAAGAGUGCAAUAUCCUGAAGCGUUAGAUUUCUGCUUUUCCUGACUGGCCUCUUUUGUUUGAGCUGCUAAUGUUCGCCAAACAGCUAUGCAUGGGUCCCUGCAAUUGUGUUUUCAUGUUUUUCACCUAAUUUCUUUGGCAGCAUUUUAGUCAGGUUUUUAUUUCUGUGAUGGAAGAUAGCCAAGGCAUUCUAAAGGUUGACUCAGUGAAUUACCAUCUUUUUGGUGAGCAGGAUGAAGAAAAUAGUGGCAAACAGCCAGGAGACAAAAGUUCAAAGGAAAAUAAAACUCCACGGAGGAUUAUUUAUUUUGCAAGUGGUGAAUCUAUGGAAGAAUACAGUACAGAGGAAGAAGAUACAGAGGAGAACAACCAUGCACCGCUUCUUGACACUGUUGGCCUCUCCUGGGGUAGUUCCCUGCAAUUUUGGAUACUUAGAGUUGCAGCGACAGCUUUUUUUACUUGUGAAUUUCUUGGUGGGAAGUUAGCCACACUCUUUGGACUCACUGAACCCAAAUAUCAGUAUGCAAUAGACGAAUACUACAGGACACAGGAAAAGGAAAGUGAAAGUGACGAAGAUGGUGAAGAGAUGCUGGAGAUGGAAGGGGCUGUUGCACCAAAUGAAAAACUGCACCUAGAGAGGCAGCGCUUAGGGUAUGGGUCCACUGAGUCUAAAGAGACAUCUGCAUUUCCUCAGGAAAUCAGUUUUGCAAAUGUCAAUGAACUUGAAGAAGGUCACCUGCCUGAUCCAAAAUGAACUUCAGCCAUGGGGGAAAUGAAGGCAGCAAUGUGGGUCACUUUUCCAGCCGACUCAGAAUGUCCAUUCACUAAGAAAAGAAUCCAUUGUUAAUGACUGAGAUAAAUAUAUGCUGCAAUCCUACAUCUACUUACCUAGGAGAAAGUCCAAUUGAACUUAAUUGGUUGUAUUUAACUAAGGGCUCAUCUACACAGUAGUUUAGUGUGUGUUUAGUGCUACUCACAUCUCCUUUAAAUUCCGAUGGUUCAUAUGACACUGGCAAACAGAAGCUAUCACGCAGUUCCCCCCGGAAAUCCAUAUUAACCCAAUCCACUAAUAAUAGGAGAAGGGAAGAAAAAAAGUCUCAACUGCAUUGCGCUCCUCCUUGCAGACACUUUGUUCUGAUGCUUUUAUGUGGGUGUCUCGGUUGUUCCCCUCUGCACACUCACUGUCUCCUCCUCCCUUCCCACAUUUUGUUUCCUGAAGGCUGAGAAGCAACUUCUGGCUGCUCUCUAUUCUGCUAGUAAACAGAGCUGCAAUUCUGCAAACAGCCACAGGGGGCAGACUGCUUUACUGCAACAAUCAGUCCCUAACCUUUGCAUGAAGAUAUAGUACUGCUCAAACAAGGCUUUGUAAUUUCAGAUAUUAAAUAAAAAUAAACUUUAUCAACUUAAAAUAAACUGCUUUUGCUUCUAAUUGAUAUUUGUUCUCCCUGGCUUUGUCUUGCAUCCAUUGUCCUUGCUGGUUACAAGUCUUUGGGAAUUAUAUAUGCUUGUAGGGGUUCCUUUCUUGGCAUAUGUGACCUUCUUGUAACCACCUAGAAGGUAUUUCAAAACUCGCUUGUUUAACACAGCAGGGGAUUUUUGAAAAGUGGAGAGCUUUUGCCAAAUUUGCUGCAAUUCCCACGUCUAAGACUCAAUUCUCCUAUGUUCCAGUUUUCUUGUUGCUGCCUGCACAAGUCCAGCAUGCCACAGCAUAAUUGUUUUUUAAAACAAAGGUUGCUGUUAGUAGUGCAGUCCAGCCAGAGGCUCAUUACCCUUCAUUGGCACAAUCCCCACCCCCAAAACUCAUGCCUUCUAGGUUCCAAUUUAACUCUGCUGCCUGCUCGAGCCCAGUAUGACACAGCAUAAUUUACAGGUUGCUUUUAGCGCAGUCCUGCUGGAGACUCGGUGCCCUUCACUGGCACAAUCCCCACCCCCAAGACUUACAUCCUCCACAUUCCCAUUUCCUUUGUCAAGUCUUCUAUAGGGAGUUUCUUUGUAACCUUAAUUGCCAUGUUUUUUCUCCAUCCCCCUCAUUCAAUCAGCACAUCCAGAUUCCCUUUGUCCAAAACAGUUUAUAUGUGGUGUACAGAUUUUACGCUCCAGUGUGAAUUGGUCAUUUUGUACAGAUGUAUAACCAAAUGAAACACAUUUAAAGGGUUUUUGAGGAUCCACUGCAACACCCAAAACCCAUCACUCUAAUUGAUCUACAAUAAAUCAGUUAACUGCUUGUAAAUGGUCUUGUCCACCUAGUUUCUUUGUAAUUGGCAUGCUGGAUAUCAUAUUUAACAUAUCUAAAAACCAGAGCUUGGAAGUAACUAGUUACAAGUAACAAAUUACUUGUAAUUUAUUACUUUUUUGAGUAAUGAGUGGGUAACUUCAUUACAUUUUGCUGGUAAUAGAACGAGUAGUAACUUCAUUACUUUUGAGGAGUAAUUGUAAUGUUUCCAGCAUUACUUUUGUGCAUUACUUGGGGGGGAGCAGGGGAAUUCUUCUGCUCCUCUGAUUUGUGAACCAAAAUCAUGUGCUUCAAAUUGGGCUUCUGUGCAGUGUUGUUCUUCCUUCAUGCUCUAUGGGUGCUUAGGAGGCAGUGAGGGAGGAGGUGGAGAGCGAGAUGGCGUGGAGAAAACAAUUGUUUAAAAAUUGACAGGAUUGGAAGGAGAAAAGAGCUGGAGGCAAUAUAUAUAUAUACAAAAAUAUGUGU